AUGAAGCUUCAACUUUCUCUUCUCGGGCUGGUCGUCCUGGCCUUUGCAAAGCCACAAGAUCCUUCUGAUCCAGCCCCUGCCCCUCCAGUAUCAUCUGCACCAGCUGAACCUCCAGCUCCAGUUCCAGUCCCCUCUUCUCAGCCGACUCCUCCCACGUCUCCGGUACCUGCUCCUCCAGCUGAUCCAGCUCCGGCCCCUCCACCUGCGGACCCAACCGCUGCACCUACCCCAGAAGGACCAAUCUGCGAGUGUGGAUAUACCUACUGUGCUGCAGUUCUUAAAGCGAUGCCCGAGAAGCCAUGGAGUGAUGAUCAACUGUCUUCUGCGUACUGCAAGACCCCUAAUGCUGUUUGUAACGGGCAGUCACCAGCCAGCAAGGUCGACAACGCUUUGUUCAUUUGUCUUUGUGCCGAACCUGACCAAAAGGUUGGAGAUCACAUUGAACUUUUGUGCGGUUGUGAUGCAUGUCUCAAUGUUGGGCCUGACUUUAGAGGACGGUGCAAGAGUCCUUGCAGAGCUGGCCACGGAAAGGGAGGCAGUGGUGGUGGGAAAGGAGGUGGCAAGAUCAGAGGAAACAAUCGGAUGGGCUUUUGGUAG